CUCCAGUAACGACGUUCACAUUUGAUCUCUCAGAUCACACCUCACCACGACUUGGUCGUCUGCUUUCGGCUACCGAGUGACCCUCACAAUGGCCGAGGACUUGACACCGCAGGUUCUCAAGGUCCUAGCAGACGCCGACGGUCCAGUCAUCACCUCCGACGCAUUCCCCACGGCGACUUUUGUACAGAUCAAGUCUGCCGUUGACAAGUUACGUUCACGAGAAUACCUUCAAGCCGAACAGAUCGAUCGCAUCGAGUUGGGUUUGACAAAAGAAGGCCAAGAUAUCGCAGAAAAUGGUAGCAAUGGCGCUAGAGUGUUCGAGGCUGUCAGGGCCGCCCUUGAAGGUUUGAAGAUUAAAGACCUCCCCGCCGCCGUAGGUGACGCAAACGUUGCAAAAUUCGGCUCUGGCGACGCUUUCAAAUCAAAAUGGAUCAAAAAAGAUGGCGAUGUGCUCAGGGCCACCACAGACACCAUUCAAGACCAGGUUCAAAAACAGUUGCUACAGAUCCAGUCCGCCAAAUCGUUAGACGACCCCAAAGUGGUUGCAGAUUUCAGGAAGAGAAAGUACGUGGUGGAUUUGAAGAUCAUCGCAUUCAAGCUCACCAAAGGACCCAAAUUCUCCACUGAAUUUGUGAAAGAAGAGACGGAUCUCACGGCCGAGAUGCUGCAGUCUGGCGCAUGGAAGACUGCCACAUUGAAGCCUUAUAAUUUCAAGGCCAAAGGUGCUCCCACACCCUCUGGAGCUCUACAUCCUCUGAACAAAGUCCGCCACGAAUUCCGAGAAAUCUUCUUUGAGAUGGGCUUUGAAGAGAUGCCCACCAAUCGCUUCGUCGAGACCGGCUUUUGGAACUUUGACGCCCUAUUCGUUCCUCAACAGCAUCCUGCUCGUGACCUCCAAGACACCUUUUAUAUCUCAGAUCCGCCCAAAGCCGACCCUCCUCGCGAAGACCCUUCACCUGCAACGCCUGGUGCCCCACAGCCAACUUCGCCGAAACACAAAAGAACAAAGUCCAAGGAGAAGUCACUCGACUAUAAGCAGUACUGGGAUGAUGUCAAAGCCGUACACCAGGAUGGUAAAUUUGGUUCGAUAGGAUAUCGAUAUCCAUGGGCUGCGGAUGAAUCAUUGAAACUCGUGUUGCGAACUCAUACCACUGCCAUCUCGACAUAUAUGCUUCACAAGCUCGCCUUGAACCCCAGGCCUGCGCGUUACUUUUCAAUCGACCGGGUCUUCCGAAAUGAAACUGUGGAUCAAACACAUUUGGCAGAGUUCCACCAAGUCGAGGGUGUGAUCGCGGACUGGGGGUUGACGCUAGGAGGCUUGAUAGGAUUCAUGGAGGUCUUCUUCGGUAAGAUGGGUAUCAGAAAUCUGCGAUUCAAACCUGCAUACAACCCAUAUACGGAGCCCAGCAUGGAGAUCUUCAGUUACCACGAAGGAUUGAAAAAGUGGGUGGAAAUCGGAAACAGUGGUAUGUUCAGACCGGAAAUGUUAGAGCCCAUGGGACUUCCCAAGGAUAUGCGCAUCUAUGGCUGGGGUCUAAGCUUGGAGAGGCCGACGAUGAUCAAAUAUGGUGUCAACAACAUUCGUGAACUGCUCGGGCACAAAGUUGAUCUCAAUUUCAUUGAAAACAAUCCCGCCGUCAGACUUGACAAAGAUUAGUCGCGAGACUGAUUAUACUACCAUUGUAAGGAUGAUGAAUGUCCCGUAUCCACGAGUGCACGCCGCAUGGCAUACUGGAAAAGUUCUAGACAGAAAGAAUGCUAGAAAUGAUACCCACUUG